UAUAACAACCCUGGUACUUAUAAUGUAGAAAAUAUUUUGGGUUAAAAUUUGCCGUUUUUUCUCAACUAUGAAGAUUUUAACUUUUAUCUCGAUUUUCUACUUCGUCUCCCAGGCCGCUGCAGAAUGUUCAACCGGUGAAUUUGAAUGCAUGAACGGAGCUUGCAUACCUACGUCAUGGGUGUGUGAUGGUACAACGGAUUGUCUCGGUGAAAGUGUGCCCGGCUCGGAUGAAAAGGAUUGUCCAUCGGCAAGCUGCAGCAGUUCCACCCAAUUCAAAUGUAGCGAUGGUUCGUGCGUUCCAUUAGAAUUCAAAUGCGAUGGCGAUCCUGAUUGUUCUGAUGGAGGAGAUGAACAAGCUUGUCCGGAUACAACUUGUCCACCAAGCGACUUUACAUGCGACAACAAUUACUGCAUUGAUCUAUCGCUCAAAUGUGACCAUGUUAACGACUGUCCGGAUAAUUCUGAUGAAAACGGCUGCACAUAUACACCAUGUACCGACAUGACUUGUAAGAACGGCGCUUGCUUCACCACCGCCCAACUAUGCGAUGGAAACAUGGAUUGCCGGGAUCAGUCGGACGAAUUCAAUUGCACCUCAACUUGCGAUGCCGGUGAGUUUAUGUGCGACAACGGGCGUUGCAUCCCUCAAGUAUUCUACUGCGAUGUUUGGGACAACUGUGGGGAUGGAAGUGAUGAACCAGACGAUUGUGUUUACCCUUCUUGCCCGGGCAAUACUUUCACAUGCGACAACUCUGUAUGUGUCAACCAAGAAUGGGUUUGCGAUGGAACUGAUAAUUGUGGAGACGGAUCAGAUGAAGCGAAUUGUGAUUACUUGGUUGGUUGCCUCAACAACCAGUGGCGAUGCAGCAACAGUAGUCGAUGUAUCAAUGUCGUACAAAUAUGUGACGGAAACAACGAUUGCGAGGGAGGGGAAGAUGAGGCAACGACAACUAAAACUUGUAGUUCAACUAGAUGUGGAAUACUUAGUUGCGAUGGCUUCUGUAGAGCCACCCCUAAUGGUGGUAUGUGUUAUUGUAGUGAUGGAUACCAAGUAGCCGAUGAUGGGAUAUCUUGUGAAGAUUUUGAUGAAUGUUCUGUGUUUGGUAUGUGCGAACAAACAUGUGAAAACACGGUUGGAUCGUACAAAUGUGGGUGCGGGUUGGGGUAUGUACCUGAAGAAGAACAUGAUCAUCUACAUUGUAAAGCUGCUUCAGUGGCGGGUGCACCCCGAUUAUUGGUAUCUGCCGGUCCCAAUAUAUAUUUCAACAACUUUAUGAACGAUGCGUUGGAUAUUGCUGUGGCAGCUAAUGGCCCAGAUGGGGUGGAUUACCAUUAUGAGAAAGGAAUCAUAUUUUGGGCAGAUCCAGGAACUAAAAAGAUCAUGUCAUCCAACGUUGACGGAAACAACCAGAAGGUGGUGUUGGACAAAUCCAUCGAAGACCCCGAGUUGGUGGCUGUGGAUUGGGUUGGCAACAACCUAUACAUAGUUGAAACAAAAGUAGCGAGGAUUGACGUUUGUAACUUUGAUGGCAGCCAUAGAUCGAGUGUUCUAACCGAGGGAUUACGGCAACCCAGAGGUCUUGCAUUGGAUCCAACUAAAGGUUACAUGUUUCUUACUGACUGGUACACGGCGACUGCAAGGUUGGAUCGCGCGUACAUGGAUGGAAGUGAAUUAUAUACACUGGUGGAUACUAGUGUGGGGUAUCCAAGUGGCAUCACGCUUGAUUUUGAAAACACUCGUGUGUAUUGGGUGGACACUAAGUUUGAUUGUGUGGAGACCGUGGAUUAUAAUGGGAAGAACAGGAGAACAAUCUUGUCGGGUUCCCACCUGCUACCCCAUCCAUAUGAUAUCACACUGUUCGAGGAACAUGUUUAUGUAACGGACUGGACCAAGCUAGGGAUCGUGAGAUCGAAUAAAUUUGAUGGGUCCAUUGAUUAUGAUGUCAUCACUGACACUGGUGUUAUACCUAAAGGUUUGGUUUCUUACCAUCCAGCGCGACAACCUACAGCUACCAACCCAUGCGCCACACAGAACGGGGGUUGUUCACACCUAUGUGUUCUAAGUCAUGUUUCUAAUGGACUUGGAUAUUCGUGCUUGUGUGACCUGGGUUUUGUGUUGGACAAAGACCGCAAAUCUUGCAUUCAUUCCAACCAAUUCCUCCUCACCGCAGCUUAUUCAUCCAUUCGUGGGAUAGCCACCGGUCGAUACCAAAACAGUGACGCGAUGGUUCCUAUAUUAUCUAAUGGCAGACAAUCGUUUAUGGCUGUAACAGGGGAUGCUAUCAAUGGUUUUGUUUAUUAUGGAGAUAAUAAUAAGGAUAUUAUUCAACGAUCACUGGUUAAUGGAACAGGGUCACCCGAGGACGUUGUGAUCAACCGACUUCAAACAAUACGUGCUCUUUCAUUAGAUUGGACCACAGGUAACCUAUACGUGGUCGACAGCAGCAAGCGUCGAAUAUUUGUUGCAAACACGAAAGAUCCAAAUAAUCAACGCAGAACCAUCGUAUCAAAGGACAUCCGAUCUCCAACCUCUGUUGCUGUGAGCCCAAGAACUGGUUACAUGGUAUGGACCGACACCUACAGGCCGGCUAAGAUCGAGAAAUCUUGGAUGGAUGGAACGCACAGGACACCACUGGUUAACCAGACACUGUGGAUUCCUAUCGGGGUUACUAUUGACCAUAAAACAAACUAUGUGUAUUGGAUGGAUUCGGGUUUCGAUCGAAUUGAAAGCAUGAGUUUGUUUGGUUACAACAGAAGGCAGCUAUCGGUGUCCCAACCCAUAAGUUAUCCUAAUGGUAUUGCAGUGCUGGGUGAUUAUUUGUAUUGGUAUGAUGGACGGUUCUAUUCAAUAUUCCGAGUGUCAACCCGGUUCACAUCUGGCACCAUUAUGACCGAGACAGUUCGUAGCAAUAUAUUCAGCGUAUAUUCCAUGAACAACUAUGAUAAGGACCAACAGCAAAAAUACUUCACCAACCAAUGCAAUCGAGCCUCCCACCCCAACGGCGGAUGCCAACAUCUUUGCUUCCCUGCUCCUGGAAAUGCUCGUACAUGUGGUUGCCCCGAUGGAAUGCUACCCGAUGACGGCGGAACCACUUGCCUACCUGACCCGCACACCACUCCUGAACCGCCAUGUUCAGCGUACCAGUUCACAUGCGAUAACGAGAGAUGUAUCUACCAAUCGUACAAAUGUAAUGGAGUGAAUGAUUGUGGAGAUAAUUCCGAUGAAGAUGAUCAAAUUUGUGGAGGGACAUGUCGUUCCUAUCAAUCUCAAUGCGACAACGGGAAGUGCAUUCCUACAAGUUGGAAAUGUGACGGCGACGAUGAUUGUGGAGAUAAUUCCGAUGAAGCUGGAUGUCCCUCGGUUCGUCCAUGUAGUAUUUACAACUUUCAAUGCGAUAAUGGGAAAUGUAUUCCAUUGAACUGGGUGUGCGACACCAACAAUGAUUGUGAAGAUGCCAGUGAUGAAAAAGAUUGCGCGGCACAAACCUGCAACACCAACCAGUUCACAUGUUCCUCCCACUUGUGUAUAAGUCGCUACCUUGUUUGUAAUGGAUUCGAUGAUUGUCCUGAUGGAUUGGAUGAACAAGAUUGUGAACCUCGUGUUUGCAACCCCUCGUAUUCCUUUGCGUGCGUUGAUGGUAAACAGUGUGUGGGGAAUUCGUAUCGAUGUGAUGGACACCCUGACUGUAGGGAUGGUUCAGAUGAAGUUGGAUGUCCAUCAAAACCUCCUGGUUUGUGUGAAACAAAUGAGUUCCAGUGCCAAACCAGUGGGAUGUGCGUCCCACAAAGCUGGUUCUGCGAUGCAAGAGUGGAUUGCGAUGAUGGCUCCGAUGAACCUCCUACUUGCCCGGAAACCACAUGUAGGUCAUAUCAGUUCCAAUGCAAGAACAGAGUUUGUAUUUACAUGAGCUACAAAUGUAACGGACAUAAUGAGUGCGGGGAUAACUCUGAUGAAGAAGAUUGUCCAACCCCCCCACCCACUUUACCCCCACCCCCAUGCGGAACAAUGGACUUCGAAUGCCCCGGCACCAAGAAAUGUAUAAGUUACGACAAAGUUUGCGAUGGAAAAGCUGAUUGUUCGUUUGGGACCGACGAGGACCAUUUUUGUGUCACUGACCUUUGCUCAUCAUUUGGAUGCACUGACAAAUGUACAAACUUACCAACUGGUCCUGUAUGUUGGUGUGAUGGGGCUGGUUAUGAACUGUUGAACGAUAGCAAGACAUGCGCAGAUAUCGACGAAUGUGCGCGACAUUAUUGUAGUCAAGCGUGCGAUAACACCGAAGGUUCAUUUUAUUGCAAAUGCGAUGAUGGAUAUCUGCUUGAUUCCGAUGGUACAACUUGUAAAGUUACAAGUGAGCCACGGAUCAUCGAUGUAACGAACCGUAAUUACAUCUAUGAGUUGAAUGCGGACACAAACUCCCGACGCACUACCAUAUAUGGGAGGUCUAUGCUGGGGAUGGACUUUGAUUGGUUGACACGGAAGUUGUAUUUCGCUGAUGUGUCAGAUGGGAUAUUAUACAAAGCUUAUAGAAACGGAACACAGAAAGAAAUUGUGUUCCGUAGUGGGCAAGCCCUUACUGAAAACGUAGCAGUGGAUUGGGUGGGGCGCAACUUGUACUGGUGUGACUACUCGCUUGGUACUGUGGAAGUGGCUCGUAUAGAUGGAACUCAUCGAGCUAUACUUCAUGCAGAGAAUGUAACAAACCCACGAGGGUUGGCACUUGAUCCUAGGGAUGGUUACCACUUCCUGUUCUGGACCGACUGGGGGCAAAACCCUCGCAUAGAGAGAUGCGACAUGGACGGCGCGCACAGGAAAACAAUCGUGGAUGACCGCUUGUUCUGGCCUAAUGGUCUCACCAUAGAUUACCCAACCAAGACAAUUUACUUCGCCGACGCCAAGUUAGACUUCAUACAUAGAUGUGGUUAUGAUGGACAAGGAAGAGCUGAGGUGUUGGCUGGAAAUUUGUUCAUCAAACACCCCCAUGCCCUCACUGUGCUUGAGGAUUAUUUGUAUUGGACGGAUCGAGAGACGUACAGUGUAUCGCGGUGUAACAAAUGGGACGGUAGCAACGACCAACAACGAGUUAUGACGGGGUUAUCGUACCCCGGCGAUAUCAUCGCGUUUCACCCUGUAAGGCAACCCCAAGGUACAAACUAUUGUGAAGACAACCCGUGUUCUCACAUAUGUUUAUUAAGUUCAUUCCGUCCAAGAUAUUAUACGUGUGCUUGUCCUGUUGGUUCAACAUUGGUGGACACUCACACUUGCUCCUCUACAAAGGAUGAUUUCAUAUUAGUUUCGACUCCGAGCCGAAUCUUUGGUAUUUCCCCCGACCCCGAUGACCAGGACAGCGACAAAAUGAUCCCGGUCACGACAACGGGAAACGGGAUGGAUGUGGAGCAUGACGAUCAUGGAGGAUGGAUAUUCUGGGUCAACACCUUGAACAAACGUAUUGAGAAGAUCCACAUCGAUGGAACGAACCAAACAGAUUUUGCUCCGAGCUCAAUAUUAGGUUUGCCUAAUGCCCUCGCGUUGGAUUGGGUUUCAGGGAACAUGUAUUACACAAACCCAGGAUCAAGAUCCAUCGAAGUGAUUCGUGUUGACCCUGGUCCGAACGGUCAAUUCUUCCGCACGACAAUCGUGGCAAACAUAGGCAACGAAACGGGGGUGGCAAACCCUAUCGGUUUGGCUGUGGAUCCUUCCAAGGGCAAGUUAUAUUGGUCGGACCAAGGAUCCGGCAUCAUACCCGCUAAAAUAUCCCGUUGUAACACGGACGGAUCUUCAUUGGAAAACAUCAUCACAACCAAAGUUACGCGAGUUCAACAUGUAGCUCUCGAUUAUAACGGGAGGAUUUAUUGGACGGAACAAAGUUCGGGCUCGAUCAACUCAGCGAACACAGAUGGGAGCGACAUACGAACAAUCGUUGACAAUGUAAUUCAACCGAUGGCAAUCACUGUACUUGGUGAUUAUGUUUAUUACUCCGAUCUUGCGUUGGAACUCAUUGAGAGAGUUGAUAUUGCAACUGGGAAGAUACAGGAGAUCCUCCGCAGCGACGUACAACAAGUCACCUCAAUGAAGGUUUUCAACCGACCACUAACCAUAAGCAAUCCAUGUGGUGUGUUGAAUGGAGGAUGCCAACAACUAUGUUUCAUUGUGGAUGUGAGGUCUGUUAGUUGUGGAUGCUCUACUGGAUACAAGUUAAACAGCGACGGGCAAACAUGCGACACUUACGAUUCGUUUGUUGUUGUAAAUCUUGGUACAAACUUACGAGGGUUUGAUUUGGAAGGUGAUUCACAUGUUGAAGCCAUGCCCCCUAUUACUAACGCAUGUAAGUUGCUUGUAAGGUGAAAGUUGAAUGUAAGGAUUUGUUAUUUAACUUUAUGUAUGUUUGAUGCACACCAUAGGCGCCGUUUUAUAUGGUGCAGACGAGGCCGGCCUACUCUGGAUAUUAUGCAGACGGUGCAGCACCUGCUGCGUAUAACUGCAUUUUAUUAAUAAAACCCGUUUAAAAUUAAAAAGACCUAGUUGUUUUAAGCGUGAAAAUUAUUUAAGAACUAUAUAUUCCAAGGUAAUUGGAUAUCAGUUGUUGCGUAAUCGGUUUACGUAACAAUGAUUAUCUGUUAUCAGCAUUUCGUUGAUUAUUGCGCAACAGAGUUCAGAACACAAUACGGGUUAUUUGAACUAGUAGUGCGAGUUCAUAAGUUAGAACAACAUUAGAUCUAAGAUUUUUUAUAUAUCGGUUAUAAUACAGCUGCAUGCCAUGUCCAAAAGAAAACUUCAACCCGCAAUUUCUUCAUUUUUUAAACGUUCGAAUACUGAGUCUGAAACAUCGCCGUCAGCAAAACAGGUGCAGGUGGAAGAAUUAUUAGAAAAAGAACCGGAGGAGCCAUCGUGUUCAGUCGCCAGUGCCAAAACGACCAACCCCGAAAGAAUAGGGAACAGAAAGUUUCAGUUGAGUUGGGAAGAACAGUUUACCUGGUUGGAGUAUGAUUUGGAGCGAGAUUUAGCUACGUGUAGCACUUGUCGGUGGGCAGUUCAGUAUAAUGCGGUACCGAACAGUACCGUUAAUGCAAUAAAAUACCGUUACAACG